AAAAAUUUCAGAAUAAAUGUACACAAAUGUAGGAGCAAAAAUCAGAUUCUCAUUCAAUAUUUAAGCAUGAUGUACACGAUAGGAAUCAACAACAAAAUAUAAGACCGAUAAUGUCAGUACUGUCUGAUUUUUUCUCGCACUCUUUCUGCUUCUCUUCAGUUUUUUUCUUCUCUUUUUAUUUCUUCUCUUCCUUCUCUCUGAUUUUUCCCCCUUUUUUUUCUUCUUCCCUCCACCCGAAAAGCUCCCUCCUUUUUACAGGCAAAUCGGAGUGAUCCGAUUUUCUUCCUUCAAUCCCGACAGUUCCUAGUCCUGGAUUUGCCGCCCGCCUAGCCUUAGAGUUGCCACCCACCUAAAGCCCUAGAUUCCUUCAACUUGCUUCAGAUCCAUGACUUAGAGGGGAUGAAUGGCUUGGUGACAAGGCUUCGACGUAGAUCCCUUCACAUGGGAUGAAAGAGGAAGGGGAAGGGACCAAUUUGGAGAGGACGGGACAAGGGUUGGGCAUUCGGGUGGGUAACCGAAUGCUUACCCAGAAACUGAACUGAAAAAAUGAAUUCGUAUGGACAAUAGCAAACCAGUUUCGACUCCACUUGUUUUGCAUGAAAAAUUGUCCAAAAGGGAUGGAAGUGUAUAUGUGGAUGCUUCACAAUAUAGGAGUGUAGUUGGCAGUUUGCUCUAUCUUACUGCAACGAGGCCUGAUAUCAUGUAUGCUGCUAGUCUUCUAUCUAGAUUCAUGAGUUCUCCUACUCAACUUCAUUUUGCUAUUGCAAAAAGGGUGUUGAGGUAUGUGAAUGGUACUUCGGAUUAUGGACUUUGGUUUGAGAAAAUUGAUUCUGGUUCUUUGGUGGGGUACUCUGACAGUGAUUGAGCUGUUAGCUUAGAUGAUGGAAGAAGUACUAUUGGUUAUUUAUUCAAAUUUGGUUUUGGUGUUUUUUGUUGGAUCUCAUUUAAGCAAGAUGUAGUUGCUCAAUCUAUUGCCGAAGUAGAAUAUAUUUUAGCUGUAGAAGCCUCAAAUCAUGCAAUCUAGUUGAGGAAAAUGUUGACUGAUGUGGGACAGCCUCAACUUGGUCCUAGUUUAAUUUAUGUGGAUAGUAUGUCAGCUAUUGUGAUUGCUCAAAGUCCUGUGCAGCACAAGAGGACUAAACAUGUUCAUGUCAAGUAUCAUGUAAUUAAGCAGUACAUCAAGAACAAGCAGAUUUAGUUGCUACACUGCAGCUCAGAUGUUCAAUUUGCUGAUAUUCUUACAAAGUCUUUGCCAAAACAGAGGUUUGAAAUGUUGAGAGAGCAGCUUGGAGUUACCAGACUUGCUCUCAAGGAGGAGUGUUGAAGCAACUGAGACCAAGUCUUUUAAUUUUAUUAUGACAGUUAUGUUAUGUAGCAGUUUUCUUUAUGUUAGUUUGUGAUUCAUGAGUCAUGGUGUAGUAUUUUAUUUUACAGUUUUUUAACUUCCUUAUGUUUUAGUAACUAUCAUGUUUGAGUUGCUGUUUUUUAUUAAAAAACAAUAUGUAUGCUUUAUGUUUUGUGUCUAUGUUUGCUGGUAUAUACCAGAUAAAACUCAGUUUAUAUU